CUGGUUCAGUGUCUCUAGCAAGGCUGAAGGGGCUUCCACACAAGUGAGAAUGGUUUUGAGCCGGAGGACUCGGGCUCCAAAGCCGCUCUCGAAACCUCUCAUUGAAGACGAAGACGACGAUGCCACGGAAUACGGCGACAUUUGCUGCGAGGAAUGCGGGUCCGGCGACUGCGCCGCCAAGCUUCUUCUCUGCGACAAGUGCGACAGAGGGUACCAUUUGUUUUGCGUUAGACCCAUCUUGGUUUCGGUGCCCAAGGGGUCGUGGUUCUGUCCCUCUUGCUCCAUGCACAGGAUCAAAUUAAAGUCCUUCCCCCUUGUUCAAACCAAGAUUGUUGAUUUCUUUCGCAUUCAAAGAUCUUCAGACUCAACCCAAAAUUUAAGUCAAGAUUAUCGAAAGAAGCGGAAGCGGGCUAGUAGCUUAGUGAUGUCAAAGAAGAAAAGGAGGAUGUUACCGUUCAACCCAAGUGAGGAUCCUACAAGGAGAUUGGAGCAAAUGGCGUCACUUGCAACGGCAUUGACAGCCACCGGGACAGAAUUUAGUAAUGAGCUCACAUACAUGCCUGGCAUGGCACCAAGGUCUGCUAAUCGUGCAGCCCUUGAGGAGGAAGGAAUGCAGGUCUUGUCAAAAGAAGAUACUGAAACCUUGAAUUUGUGCAAGAGCAUGAUGGAGAGAGGGGAAUGGCCACCUCUAAUGGUUGUUUUUGAUCCUCAUGAAGGGUUCACGGUUGAGGCAGACAGGUUUAUAAAGGAUUUAACAAUAAUUACAGAAUAUGUUGGAGACGUUGAUUACUUAAAGAAGCGUGAAAAUGAUGACGGGGAUAGCAUGAUGACAUUGCUUUCUGCUGCUGAUCCUUCAAAAAGCCUUGUCAUUUGUCCUGACAGGCGUAGUAACAUUGCCCGCUUCAUCAAUGGCAUUAACAAUCACACGCUGGACGGGAAAAAGAAGCAGAACCUCAAAUGUGUGAGAUUUGAUGUCAAUGGUGAGUGUCGGGUUUUACUGAUUGCAAACAGAGAUAUACCAAAGGGAGAGAGGUUGUACUAUGAUUACAAUGGAUAUGAACAUGAAUACCCAACUGAGCACUUUGUUUAACCUUUUUCCCUUGUCCGAGAUCCCCCACACUAGAUUAAUUGAAAGCAUUUGGCCACUAACAGGCUCAUUGUAUUGCCAACUUCUCAUGAUUGCUUUUCUUUAACCCAUAAUUCUUUACUUUAUUUAACUGCAAAAUUUCAAGAAUAAUGAUUACUACCUUG